GUUUGCCGGCACAUCUCGCUGGCCGCCGCUUUGCAGAUCAGACCUCCUUCUCUCCGCAGUCCGCACGCGCACCUUCUCCCUCCUGGUUUGGACAUCACGCCGCCGCGCCGAGCGCCCUAGACCCCUCCCCUCGCCCGUCUUCCUCCUCACGCGAGCGCCGCCAUCCCUCCUUCCUUCUGGCCCAUCCCGCUGCCGAGCGCCGCCGCAGCCUCCUCGCCACCACCGCCGGCAAAAAUCAAGGUAGGGCGGCCGCCGUACCGCUCUACUGGGUCCUCUGCCUGUGGCGAAGAUGAUCCGGUUGCAGACGUACACCGCGUUCAGCCUGCUGGCUACGAUGUCGGCGGUGUACUACGCCUUCAGCAGCCGGGAGCAGUUCUACCCGGCGAUGGUCUACCUUUCCACGUCCAAGAUCUGCUUCGUUCUGCUGCUCAACACGGGCCUCGUUGCCAUGUGCGUCGCCUGGCAGCUCGUGAAGCGCCUCUUCCUGGGCACGCUCCGGGAGGCCGAGGUCGAGCGGCUCAAUGAGCAGUCAUGGAGGGAAGUCGUGGAGAUCCUCUUCGCGGUUACCAUCUUCCGCCAGGACUUCUCUGUCGCUUUCCUUGCCAUGGUCGCCGCCCUGCUCCUCGUCAAGGCGCUGCACUGGCUUGCACAGAAGAGGGUCGAGUACAUUGAGACCACGCCCUCCGUGCCUAUGCUGUCCCACAUAAGGAUCGUGUCCUUUAUGGCAUUCCUUCUUGUUGUGGACUGCCUCUUCCUGUCCAAGUCGCUGGGGUCACUGAUACAGAAGCGUGAGGCAUCUGUCGCUAUCUUCUUUUCCUUUGAGUAUAUGAUACUAGCAACGUCCACAGUAUCAACAUUCGUGAAAUAUGUAUUCUAUGUCAGCGACAUGCUAAUGGAAGGUCAAUGGGAGAAAAAGGCAGUGUAUACAUUUUAUUUGGAGCUCAUCAGUGACCUUGUGCACUUGUCUUUAUAUAUGCUCUUCUUCAUAGCAAUCUUUCUGAACUACGGUGUCCCACUGCACUUGAUUCGUGAGCUCUAUGAGACCUUCCGCAAUUUCAGAAUUCGCAUAUCAGAUUAUGUACGCUACAGAAAGAUAACUUCCAAUAUGAAUGAACGCUUUCCAGAUGCUACAACAGAGGAGCUCAAUGCGAGCGAUGCAACAUGUAUUAUUUGUCGCGAAGAGAUGACCACUGCAAAGAAGCUGCUUUGCGGGCACUUGUUCCAUGUACACUGUUUGAGGUCAUGGCUAGAGCGCCAACAUACUUGCCCCACAUGUAGAGCUCCAAUUAUCCCGCCGGAUAAUGGACGUGCGGCAUCAGCACGACAACAUGGAGCUCAACCUGGAGCUCAGCCUGCUGCAGGCACUGGUAAUCCGAGUUCGGGAGAAGCACCAAGUGAGAACGUGAACAUGCACCAAGCUAAACUUGAGGCUGCUGCUUCAGCUGCAUCCUUAUAUGGGAGAUCUCUUGCUUAUCCUCCAGCGAGUACUUUGAAUAGGUACUCAUCACCUCUGCAUGCCACAUCAAGUACUUCACAAUCAGGAGAAGCAAGCAGUUCCACUGGCAAUCCUUUAGCACCUCGUCCUUUUUAUUCACAUGGCCCAGUUGGUUCAAUAGCAAGCAGUAGAGACCCUCAAAUUUCCCUGCAAAAGGCAUAUGAAAACGCUAUAAGGAGCCAGAUAGAGAUGUUGCACAUCCAAUUGCAAAUGGUGCAGCAAGCGGCUACUCCAUCAGCAACUAACAAUGGCAGUUCUAAGCACCCGGAAAAUGAGUGAAGUUGUAAAUACGGGGAAGCCGGGGAUCUGGAUGUACAUAGAGAUUUGGUAAUACCUGAGGUGUGACUGACGUGAUGUCUUGUUGAUUUUGGUAUCAGUCUCUGUUAACAUCUGCUGUUCGUUUGUUUUAUCUGGUAAUUUGCUUACCCUAAAUCUUGUUGUCAAGUACGGAUUGUACGUAAGAUAGAAAUGCAGAUAUAUUGUGGCGAUGACUUUCACAGUAACUGUGGGACUAGGCAAAUACAUAUGCAUAAAGGAAUUUCGUACCUGCCAUCGGAAUAAAACAUUGUUUUUUUUAAAA